AUGCCUCCUCGUCUCACGCGCCUGGCGGUUCCAAUCCGAGCUCCGUCGACCGUCUCACUCCGCGUAAGAGUCGCAAGAUACAGCACCGCUCCCGAAGAUGCCGUGAUACAGACCCAAUACGUCCCUGCCCCCGGAUCAGGAAAUAUCCGCGUCCUCCUUCUGAACAGACCGAAUGCGCGGAACGCACUGUCCAAAGCCCUUCUGACCUCGCUAGCCCAGCAUGUCCAGUCGAUCUCCGCCGAGGGUGGUAACGGACCAACUAGAGCUCUGGUCAUCGGCAGCAAUGCCGAUUCCGCCUUUUGCGCGGGCGCCGACCUGAAGGAGCGCCUGCACAUGACCAAGGAUGAGACAAACGCAUUCCUGGCCAAGCUGCGAGGUACAUUCCGCGACCUUGCAGCCCUCCCAGUCCCUACCAUCUCCGCCGUCUCGUCAAUAGCACUAGGCGGCGGCCUCGAGCUCGCCCUCUGCACGCACCUCCGCGUCUUCGGCUCCAACAGCACCGUCGCCCUGCCCGAGACAAAGCUGGCCAUUAUCCCCGGCGCUGGCGGAACUUAUCGCCUUCCGUCGCUGAUUGGCGUCAACCGUGCUCGCGACCUCAUUCUCACUGGGCGCCGGGUGACGGGCCCGGAAGCUUACUUCAUUGGGCUGUGUGAUCGGUUGGUUGAGAUACUUCCUGAGGAGGAGCAGAAGGAGGGCGCUGCGCGGGAAAAGGUACUCCGUGAGAGCAUCAAGCUUGCUAUGGAUAUCUGUGACGGGGGUCCGAUUGCCAUUAAGCAGGCGUUGAAAGCAGUGAAUGGGUAUGAGAAGGGUGAGGCGGCGGAGAAUGAGGCGUAUGAUGGUGUUGUUGAGACCGAGGACAGACGCGAGGCUCUGAUUGCGUUCGGGGAGAAGAGGAAGCCUGCUUUUCGGGGGCGAUAA